GUUGGCCUACCUCCUGAGCCCCCGUGAGGAGCAUGGCAAAUCCGUCCUCAAAGAAUUCCGCAACCCGACUCAACAAUCAAUGUCAUACUACAAGGGCGGCAUGGACUCACCAUGGGACGAGAUUGCUAUCCAAUACGUCCUGGUGGUGAAUCAUAUAGCGAGGAACAGGCCAAUAGAGGCGUUCAAGGAAGAGUGUCUCCUUGUCUCACUAUUCUUCCGGUACCUUGUUACCGACACUGGAUGGUCCCUCCCUGCUCUCUUCUCCAUCCUCCGCGACCUCCGCGACCUAGCCUGUGACGCAGAUUUGCAAGCGUUGCAAAAUGGACAAGGGGGCACUGAGCAUAUGGAAGAGACUGCGCGAAUCAUGAGCAAGGCUUUCUCCAACUGUGUGACAGACCGAACAUCGCCAUAUGCUGAGUCACGCAAGUGGGGCGUAUACUACGUCGUCGGGCAAAUUCUGAAGAGCUACUUCCGCAUCAAACGCAUCUCGCUGGCGAAGAAUAUUCUACGUGCCAUUAAUGCCAAUCCAGAUAUCCCCCCAUUGUCUGCUUAUCCGCGGGCUCACCAAGUCACCUACAGAUAUUACAUUGGCAUGCUUGGGUUCUUGAGUGAAGAUUUUGCGAAGUCAGAACAGGAGCUGACGCUAGCAUUUUACAACUGCCACACAGAGGCGCGGCGGAAUCAAGAACGCAUCCUAACGUACCUGUUACCGCUUCGGAUUUUACGAGGACACCUGCCAUCGCGAGAACUGCUCGACCGCUUCCCUGUCCUCGACGACCUGUACUCACCUUUCAUAGUGGCGAUUCGCAAAGGUGACAUCGCCUCCUACGAUGCUUCACUCGAUCAUAUGGAGAAUCGACUCAUUCAGCUCAAUCUGUUACUCACUGUCGAGAAAGCGCGGGAGCUGUGUAUCCGAAGUCUCUUCCGGAAAGUCUGGGCGGUAUCCGGCAAGUUGACCCGGAUUUCCAUCUCCGACUUCCAUACAGCGCUGAAGCUAUCGGGGCUGGAUUCGCCUGUCGAGGAGGCCGAGUGUCUUGUGGCGAACAUGAUCUACAAAGGUUUUAUGCGAGGUUAUAUCUCGCACGAGAAGCAGACGGUAGUGCUUGCGAACACAAAUGCGUUUCCUAGGGUAGCAGAUCGCCCAUCGCCAUACACGAUGCUGGUAUAACACUGCAUUAUGCCGUUAUACAUCGGUGAUUAUCUGGAUUCGUCUGCUUGGAGCUUAGAUGCAUGUACAAGAUGGCUGUACACCAACCUUCGUUCCUUAUCUUGACAGUGCCACUCUUCUUUAAUAGUCAUCGUCUUGAUCAUGAGGCACAAGGUCCAGAAAUU